AUGCAAGCCGUCCCUGAAUCACGACAACAGACAUUCGAGGAGAUCUACGGGCCUCCCGAGAACUUUCUCGAGAUUGAGGUCCGUAAUCCCCAGACACAUGGCACAUCCCGCAACAUGUACACCUCGUACGAGAUUGUCUGCCGAACAAACAUCCCCGCGUUCAAACUGAAGCACUCGGUCGUGCGCCGACGGUACUCCGACUUUGAAUACUUCCGCGACAUCCUGGAGCGCGAAAGCACGAGAGUCACGAUCCCGCCCUUGCCGGGGAAAGUGUUCACGAACCGGUUCAGCGACGACGUAAUCGAGCACCGUCGCGAGGGUUUGCAGCGGUUCUUGCAGAUCGUUGCCGGUCAUCCGCUUUUGCAGACGGGGAGUAAGGUGUUAGCCAGCUUCAUACAGGAUCCAAACUGGGACCGCAAUGCUUGGUAA